AUGUCUGGAAGUUUUAUGGAAUCCGAGCAUUCAAAAUGGUUUUCAAUUCGAAAGUACAGCAGCAGGAGCUGUAGCACAAAUUAUGAUGAAAAUUACAAAAAGGCUGUUGAGUCAUAUCAAAAUUUUAUGGAAGGUUUCCGGUUGAUCUUGUCGGAAAAUGAACGCAAAAUGAAUAAGGUCCUUAGGCGACGUUCCUUUCCACUGUGGUUUCAAGAAUUGUCUAAUGAGCAAGUUGAAGCUAUGAACCAGCUUCUGUUUGCUAUCCGAGAUGAUCUAGAUGAGGAUACAGUGUUUCGUUGUCGCAGAUUAGUUAAAAAUCUGGGCCUAUAUCCAGUUUGUCCGAAAGCUACGUUUCGGGAAGCUCUGAUAAUGUGUCGUGGAAACGACCUAUCCUUUCUUUGGUUUUUGCUGGAAUUGUUUUACUCCAAGAAAGGAACGGAUUACAGCAAUAACGAACGUUUGCUUAUGUCGGCUAUGUGCCAUCUUGAUAUGAUGACUACUCUGAGGGGGCUGGAAAGUGUUCUACCACCAGUCGGUCCAUCCUAUGGCCGCUGUGAAUUAAAUAAGCGAAAAGUUCCUUGUUGGCCAACUAGCGUUCGUUACUGUUCCCCGUACUUGGAGCCCCAACGGGUGCCACGUCCUUUGGUCCAAUGUUUUCCGGCUUGUACGUUCAAAGCACCGGUACCGUUUUGCAUUUCCCGCUAUGCGCUGUAUCAGGAUCCUGAUUUCAUUAUUCCGAACGAAGCAUCCCGCUGGUUUGCUCGGCAAACCCGGGGACAUCAGACUUCUUUCGAUGAGCAUCCAGAGGAACACGUUCAGCGCACUAUUUCACUAUCCAGCCCGUGCGGAAGUGCAGAGCUGAUCGUUAGGGAACUGCUUAACAAUCAAAUCGCCCUAAUGGUGGGACAGGAAAGCGAGCGCAGCGAACUGUGCAGGAAGCAUCAGGAUAUGGAUAAGCGCCGGAAAAAGUUGAUGGGACUGCUGGCAAAACGAACGGACGUCAGAGAGAAAAUCAUUGAGGAUGCUUCGAAGGUUGGCGAUGAAAAGCGACAAGAAGAGCAAGCGGCCCGAGAAAGCCAUAUGAUUAAGUUACUGUUGCGAAAGAUUAUUGACGAUUCCAUCGUAACAGCGAUGCUUACGCCUCGAACUAACUGCCCGGAAUGCUGGGAGUCGUUCGAACAGCAGCGUCGAUUGCGGGAAGGGACGAAAUGUUCCUGCGAUUCCGAGCGUGGCAUAUUCUGCUUACGAAGCCUGCUUGCGGUCAACCAAAGUGUUGCUCAAAAAUAUUUCAAGUGUUGUCGAGGGUCAGUUCCGUACGAGUUUGACUAUAGGAAAAUUUUGGAAGAUGAUGCCGGCGGUAAACCGGUUUGUCCAGUGAAGAAAGCCAUUCGCCUAGCGCUUGGUAUGGAAGAAGGGAAUUGCGACGAGGAAGAGGCUAUCGGAAACUGUUUGAAGGAAAUGUGGCGUUGUGAACUUAAACUUUGGAAUGAAAAGUUCCUCAAAGCGCGAGAGGAGGCCAGAGAGAAGAAAACCGAAAUUGAUCUUUUAGACUACGAGUUCGUUGAUUCUAAAGAUCCUAUAUUUCUUCAAAAACUAUUAAAGAGAGCAUUAUUGAAACUGUGUGAAGAUCCGAAGUACGUGCUGGCCACCUUUCCCGAAGCUUACAAACUUCCUUUUCUAAAUUCCUGGAUUCAGCAUCGGUACGGUGUAGGAAUUUCACGGCGACGAAAGGACGCUCGUCUACUACAACAAAGCAAAUAUUAUUGGAACUGGCUCAUUCCUCGAAUAACUGCGAUGCGUUGGCCGGUUUGCAAAGAUCUGGGCAUGCAAGGUCGUGUUAAUUAUCAUUACAAAGAGAAGUUGGAACGAACCGCUCAGAAAGAGUUGACGAAAUUCUAUCGCAAAUUCAAGCGGGUUCAAAUUCAGGAAGGUCACGUCUAUUGGCACACGAUGGAUCCCUACCGGACCAAUGUCGAUCGGUUCCGUCAAAUUUUCUUCGACUAUCUUCCCAACUGUGAACGCUUGAUUGGACCGAUGGUUCGUCCGUGGCAUCCAUUCGAGUUUCGCCAAAGUGCUGGGGUGCUACCGUGUAGUGAGAGUAAAACACGUUGCAAAUGA